GUAUACACUAUAAACCAUAAAAAAUUAGGGUUACUAUACUUCUAUUAUUCGUUGGUAACAGCGAUAUUUGGCUCGUAUUUAGCCACCUGUAUUCGCUUAGAAAUGGCAUACCCCGGCAGUCCCUUUUUUAACGGUGAUUCUUUAAAGUAUCUUCAAGUAAUCACUGCGCACGCAUUAAUUAUGAUUUUUUUUGUAGUAGUUCCUAUCUUCUUUGGAGGAUAG